UCGUUGUUGGAUUUUUCCCUUAGAUUAUUAUCCAAAGGGGAUCCACGCAAAUGUGGACGGAAGUGUGAAAGCUACUGUACGGUGUAACCGUUCGCGUAUUUUAACACUAAAUAAUCGACUUUUAGCAUUUCUUGCCAGUUAUUUCCACGUUAAUAUUGAUAUUUGUAUGUAUGUUUUUUAAAGGCGUGGUUAAUAACCGGAACAGCAACUAGCCGGGUAUAUUUGCAAAUAACAGACAACAGAUGUUGACAGCUGUCGCUUGGACAUGGUGCUUUGACAAGUGAUGUUACAUCUCCAGUAUGGAGUUUUUUAUAUUUUAUUUAUUCCUUUUUGCUCCAUUAUCUGUCCGUUGUGCGGUGACACCAGUAUCUGUUGAAGAAGACCUGAGAAGUCAGGAAGAGGCGCAAGAAUUUGAUACGCUCAGCUCCUUACUGUCAGACUUUGAGGUUCUUCCUGCAUCAAGUCUGCAUCUUCAUUCGCUCAAAAAAAGGGACGUUGAUCCCCAAUCUCAUGUGGACCGGCUGGUCAGCUUCACAGCACUCGAAAGGAAUUUCAAGUUGUACUUGACAACCAACACAGAACUCUUCACAGAGGACUUGAAGGCUGUAUUUGUAGACAAGAAUGGAAAUGAGGACCAAUAUGAAGUUCAGUUACAGAAUUACUUCAAAGGACAUGUAGUAGGAGAGGAGCACUCGCGUGUGCAGGCACACAUUGAUGGAGAUGAGUUUUCAGCCCAUAUUCUCACCAAUGAGGCAGAGUAUAAUGUAGAGCCUUUGUGGCGAUUCACAGAGACACCCGCUGAUGGACGUUUGCUGGUGUACCGCUCAGAGGAUAUAAAGAACAUCAGUCGACUGUCAUCAUCUAAAGUGUGUGGAUAUGUAAACACUAAUGCCGAGGACAUGUUGCCACUGGAGGCCAGAGGAGUUGGACAUGAUGAGGAUGAGGAGGAGCCACAUGAGAGAGGGAAGAGAUCUUCAUCUAACCACGGCAAGAAAAACACCUGCACUUUGCUGUUAGUGGCGGACUACCGUUUCUUUAAGCACAUGGGCCGUGGAGAGGAGAGCACUACAAUAAACUACCUGAUUGAGCUGAUAGACAGAGUGGAUGAUAUUUACAGAAACACUUCCUGGGACGAUGAGUUUAUAGGCUACGGUGUGCAGAUUCACCAGAUUCUAAUAAAUAAGGAGCCCACAACCGUGGUACCAGGAGGGAUUCACUACAACAUGAAGGGCAGCCCAUUAGGAAGAAAGGAUGGUGUGUGGGAUGUGAAGAAACUUCUAGAACAAUUCAGUUAUGACAUCGCAGACAAUGCCUCUGCAGUCUGCCUCGCUCAUCUUUUCACCUAUCAGGACUUUGAUGAUGGCACUCUGGGUCUUGCGUAUGUGGCUCCUUCCAAACCAAAUGGAUUAGGUGGACUCUGCCCUAAACCCUAUAAGCCAUCACACUCCCAUAAAGGGAAGGAUUAUUACCUGAACACUGGCCUAACUAGCACUAUGAAUUAUGGGAAAACUAUUCUGACCAAGGAAGCAGAUCUUGUGACUACCCAUGAGCUUGGUCACAACUUCGGAGCAGAACAUGAUCCAGACAACAUACUUGAUUGUGCUCCAAGCGAUGACAAGGGUGGAAAGUAUGUCAUGUACCCCAUUGCAGUCAGUGGAGAUCAUGACAACAACAAGCGCUUCUCCAGCUGUAGCAAGUCAUCGGUCAUUAAAUCUUUAAAAAUGAAGGCCCAACUGUGCUUUAAGGAGAGGAACAGGAAGCUGUGCGGAAACUCCCGUGUGGAAGAAGAUGAAGACUGUGAUCCUGGACUCCUUCAUCUCAGCAAUGAUCCCUGCUGUACAUCUAAUUGCAAAUUCAAACCAAAUGCCCAGUGCAGUGACAGGAACAGUCCCUGCUGCAAGGGCUGUCAGUUUGAAAAUUCAGAGAAGAUCUGUCAGGAAAACAUCACUGCCACCUGCAAGGGCAUAUCAAAGUGCACAGGCUUCAGCAGUGAGUGCCCUUCCCCUGGAAAUCUGGCUAAUGAAACAGAGUGUGUGGAUAAGGGCCGCUGUCGGAAUGGUGAAUGCAAGCCUUUCUGUGAGGCCGUGCAUAACCUUGAGUCCUGUGCCUGCAAUGAAACGGAGAACUCAUGCAAAGUCUGCUGUCGAAAUAUGAUUGGGCUGUGUACUCCCUUUUCUAUGGGUGAAGGGAAGUUUCUUUAUCUGCGCAAGGGCAAACCCUGUACUGUCGGCUUCUGUGAUGGGGCCGGUAAAUGCAUGAAGCAGGUGCAGGAUGUCAUUGAACGUUUAUGGGACUUCAUAGACAGAUUGGAUAUCAACACAUUUGGAAAGUUUUUGGCUGACAACAUAGUUGGGUCAGUGGUGGUUUUCUCUCUACUUUUCUGGAUUCCUCUGAGCAUACUGGUGCAUUGCGUGGACAAAAAACUAGAUCAACAAUAUGAAAAGGACUCCAAAUCCUUUUUGUACCCAAGUCAGCAGAUGGUGGUGGAGGUGUGUAGUAGAGCCCUCAACUCAGAAGUUAGAGAUGCCGAGUGGUCCGGAGUCAACUCCCAUGUGCAUUCUGAGACCCCAUCAUCUGGCUUCAUUACCAGCACGACAUACGGGCCACGUCGUUUCACCAUCACAGGAGACGUUUACCGCCCAAAGCCCAACCAGCCUCUCCGGCGCACCCAGAGCAGAUCUGCAGCGAAUGGACACUAUCGAGGAGCAACCCAGCGGGGACUCCUCACACCAGGACGAGGAGAUGCAGGAGGAAAGCUUCCCUCUGAGCGGCACAGCUGCCAGGUCCUUCGAGGACCUCACCGCACAGGGAACGCCAAUCCAAGGGGACAAGAGACGGCUGAAGAGGCAAGCGCGCAUUGAAAGUAAGGAGACUGAGUGUUGAGGACUGCUCAUAAGUAUAUGCACCCUAAAGAAUUGUGCAUGAUUCAAGGUCACUAGAUGGGUUCCUUUUGGUAUAUUAUAUGCACUUAAAUAAGCCUUAAUUUGAUUUUGGUGCAGGCAGGCCUAUUUUGUACAUUUGAAAAAAUGAUUCAUUCAAUUUACUCAAUUUUUUAAGGUAAGUGGUCGCAAUCAAUUUAUUUAAGGUACAUUUUUUUAAACUCUUUUAAAUGUAGCUUAAAUAAAUUGAUUGCAAGCACUUACCUUAAAAAAUUGAGUAAAUUGAAUGAAUCAUUUAUUUCAGUGUAGAUGCACUUGUGAUUUAAAGUGUAUGAGGUUCGUUUGUUCUUAUAUGUAAAACAAACCUUUAUUAUAAAUAUGUGGUCACCUAAAUAAAUAAAAAUCUCAGACUGCCAAAAUAAACUACUGAAAUCUAGUAAAAUGUAAAAAAUUAAAGACGUGUUAAAUACAGCAUAUUGAUGCUGUUUACCACAGUUUAAAUUUGUACCUUUGAUUUGUAAAAGCAAGCAGAAGUGAUGCAGACUGUAAUGCACUGAUGACGAAAGUUUAACGUUGACACGGUUCAAGUGUGGUUUGUUUGCUUUUAUAAACAAAGAAAAAAAAUGUUCGUGCUCCACUGAAAAAAAUGUAUUCAAUUUACUAAAUUUUUUAAGGUAAGUGGUUGCAAUCAAUUUAUUUAAGCUACAUUUAAACAAAAGUUUUUUGUUUUUCAAUUUUUUUUGUUCAAAUGUAUCUUAAAUAAAUUGAUUGCGACCACUUACCUUAAAAAAAUUGAGUAAAUUGAAUGAAUCAUUUUUUCCCCCAGUGUAACAAGGCGGUUCACAUUUUUCACGCCUUUUGCCCAUGCAAAUACAUUAUUUUGGCAUUAUUUCGACGCGCCCUGAGUCAUGACAGCGAGUUGAAAAUGCUUCUACUUUUCAGAAUGUUGCAUUGAGGAAAGCGACUAUGCAUGGUUGUAGAUGCAAAAUGUGAACCGCCCCUUACCCUGGAAUAUUCUGUCAAUACAGUAUGUGCCUUGUUGUGUGUCACAAUUUUAGUAGUGUGGUACUAUAGCUACAGUUUGCCUGAGAAUGCAAUAAUCCCUUAAAUAUUAGGACAUAUGUCAUUCAUUUAUACCUUUUUAAGGAGUAAGACUACAGCAUCAUUCUGAAUAAGGCUUCGAAAUAGUUUAAUGACUUAAUGUUACACUGGUUACUGUAUGAGAAGAUUCAAGCUAUGCAUAUACAGUAUGCACCAUCUAGUGCAUGAAUUUAAUUUCAGGCAUAUAUGGGAACCACUAGAUUGAAUGCUUUCAAAUUGAAACUUUCUAUGUAAUUUUGCAGUUGCACAGGGUGUUUAAAAUAUUGUUUUUGCAUUUUAAGAUUUGGUCAAUUGUAUUUCGCUCAUCGUGACACAAACACAGUUUCUGUUCAUGCCACUAGAGCUGCUAUUGUAUAUUUUAUGUGACCAAAGUCAAUAUUUCAGAAUCACUAGUAUUCCCCCACUGUGAAAUGUCUAUAAAAUUGCUCUAUGAUGUAAAAUUUUAAGAGGAGUUGAGGUUUGUAUAACUGGAAAGGAUUGUGGUAUGUCUUUUAAGCAGUAAUAGUCAUAGCUAAACUACAUUUUUCGUUUCAGAGUUGUUUUUAUGUGCCAUACAUAUGUCAUUGGACUAAAUAUAUAUAUAUUUUUAUGUUUCUUAUAUUCUUGUAUAUCUUAUCAUAAGUAAUGAUUUAUACACCUCACUUGAAUGCCAAACUGUAUCAUUCUGCUGUCAUUCAGUGUAUGUGUGUGUGUUUUAGUAUUAUAUUACAUUUGAAUAAACUGCCUCCAUUUAUAAUCUGA